UACGUGACCCUGUGUCACGUGAUGACGUUAUCUUCAAAUUAUCCGAUCCUGGCUUAUAUGUUACAAAUUCAGUAAUCGCAUAUUUCAUCUCAAUGGGCACGUCUUGUUGUCUGCCUACCUGGCAACAACCUCCACAUUCAUUUUUAUCACGCUAAGACGAAUGAACUGUUGCGAGAAAUAGAUGUAUCAGCGAUUGGUGUUAGUAUUUUCUUUCCUGUGGAUUAUUGACGAAAGCUCUUGUACUCCUAGCGACGGCUGCUUUGGACUUUUUGGUGGGCGAUAUGGUACUUUUUAUAACAUUUAUUUGUAGAAAAGCUUAAGUGGAACAGAACAUUCAGUUUUAACAACAAAGUUUUAACACUCAGACUUGAAGUCACUAAUAAUCCAGAACAUUGGAUUGUGAAUUAUUUGUUUGAGAUCUUAGCUCGAGAACGAUUAGGAUACACUAAAAUAGAGUUUGUCCCAAUCGAAGAUAGUAAUAUUAACAGUUCUCUAAAAAGACUUCAAUGUCCUGAUACUCAGUAAGUUCAAACAGAAUAUUCGUCGUAUUGUAGUAGAUUUGCAUUACUAUCAUGGGUUUUAAUGUCAUGGAGUGAUUUUUAGCGCUCUCAUGAACGCUAUUUUUUGCUUGCUUUGCUAUGUAAAACCGACUGUCUUAUUACUUAUUUAAAUGAAAAGUUUUCCCCGUAAAUUAGUUAAACGCCAUGCUUUAAUUUCAGUGCCUUUAAUCUAGAAGUUCUCAUAAGUAACCAUUUGGGCGAAUUACUGUCACAUCAGUUUCUAAUCUUAAAACCAUAAUUGUUGUUAUUUGCCAAAAUAAGAUACACGAACAAGUUGUGACCGGAUCGGACACUUCUAUACGUUUCUAAACUUAUCUAAGUUUUCCAGUAGCAAGGAAUUUAUACUUUCUCAAAUCCUUUUAUGUAUAGGCGUUCCUAAUAGAUAGAAAGAACUUUUCUUUUUCAAGCAUUCCCUUCUCUUGUCGGUUGGAGUGCGGUCCGAAAACUCAGGUAGUUUCUACAGGUUAUCCGUCCCCUAGUCUUUGGCCUAAGAAUAAUCCAUCAACUAAGCUAACAUUAAACCAGUCACUGCCUUACUAUUCCGCUUUUUCAGUUGUAUAGCCAUAAAUGGUUGUGCUAUCUCCAGAAUAAUUUCGGUGUCUUGGAAUAUUCUGCUUGUAUUAAUAUACUUUACUGCUUAUUGCAGGUAAAAUACUUUGUCUUAUGCCACUAAAUAAAAUACUUAUUGUUUAUUUCCUGUGUCUACAGCCACUUGUUUUGCAACAGUGUAGUGUAUUUUAACACUUCUCAGUAACUGAAAUUCUACAUUAAAAAUAUUUACACUUACCGUACUAACAACUGCAAUCGUUUGGUGGUAAAAAUUUUAAAAUCUGGUUCACUCCAUUAUUUGUACUUGAUUUCAGAUGUCUAAAGUUACCUGAAAUUCACCUUAACUUACUGCUUUGGUUACCACUUGGUGGAAAUGUUAAAUUCUGGGCAAAACCUUCUUCUGUUACUGACCAUGGUCCUCUUGGGCCGAUUCGUUCUUGGAAACUCCUAACACAAGUAAAUAUAACAUUUUCUCAGAUUAUUCUGCCUACCUAUUGGUUUUUAAUCCAUUAAUUAAUUUUGUAGAUCUAUAUCUGUUUUCAACGCUUUGUUAUUUGUAAGUAAUCGAAAUUUAUAACUGUUUGAAGCUUCUCAAAAUUGAUAUCAAGCUACAAUUUCUGCUCGACUAGUGAUGCUAUCAGGUCUUACGUUGUCUGUACCUGUAGCACUAUCAGCAAGUGUAUGAAUCUGAUUUUAUCCUGUGGUACGAUUGUUGGAUAAGCUUUCAGAACACUAAGCUACUUUACGACAAAAUCAACAAUCAAUAUUGUGUGCCUUACCAAAAGCUAGAUGUGUUUUCUCAGCUUGUAAUAAAUAAGUAAACUAGCGAGCUGCGUUACACAAUGAAUAACACUGUUUACAUUUUAGUUAUGCAUGUAUUUACGUUGCUUAUUAUCUCUAGUAUUUACAUUGUAUUACCUAACUAUUAGUCGGUUUACCCUUAUUCACCUAAUGCUUUGAUUGUUUAUGACAAGUAGAUUACUGUGCUAGCUUAUUUCAUGCAUAAUUCAGAAAAUCAGUUGACCUUCAAUUUUUCACAACUUAUAAUUCGCUAUUAAGAGUCUUCAAUCAAGUAAUUUCCUUGAGUAUAUAAUAUUUAUAUAGCAUAUUGAGUAAAUCCAGGAUGUAUAAAAUACGAAUAAUUUUCAGACUAUUUAGAAUGGUCAUCAGUAAGAUUCUUAUUCGCAUUGAUGGCGCUCAUAUUCUACAUCGUUCUUUUUCAGUCCUGUUACAACAAAUCGCAUCUCAGAGGAAAUCCAAACUAUACUUCUCUUAAACAUGAUUGUAGCUCACCUAUUGACAUCGUUGGUCAAAACUACUCAGGUCAUCGAACGGAAAAUGCACAUGGUUCAGAUUUAUUCAAUAAUCAUACUUUACUCUCUGGGAAGUCAGUAACUAUUUUGGAUUUUGAAUUAAAUUCAACAUGUUUACGGUAUAAUUCUUAUAGUAUUCCUCCACCCCCUUUAUGCAGUACUGAUACAAAAUCUACCUCACCUAAUAGUUAUCAAUAUUGCCACACUGAAUCUUAUCAAGCUGUUAAAGUGACAUGGGCUAAAUUACGGACGGCAGCUCCACAAAUUUUUCAACUUGCAUCUAAAAUGUAUAUGUCUCAUGAUGAGUUGGGAGAAUUGGUGCACUCGGCGCUACUCGACUCACAUAUAGAUCGUCAGUCAACAUAUAAACAAGUUGCAUGUCGGUGGCUCCGUCAGAAUCCAACUAAAUGGAAAAGUUGGACAGUUGAUUGGGACAAAAAACUUAACUUAACAGUAGCUGGCCUGUUCAGUAUGUAUGGGAAAUGGGUGCUGUAUGGUCUUCAUCGAGUGGCUCAAGAAGCUAUGAAUUUUGUCAACGCCGACUCAGAUUAUUUUCGCAAUUCUGAAUAUGCAUUAAGUUUGGAUGUACGUAAUUUAACAUGUGAACCUGACGUCGUGUUAAGCGAUUAUUUUAAAGUGUUGGAGAAUGCUGUCAACACUCGUCUUAUUGGUUCCAUCGCUGCUCUAUGCUCAGAUUCUAUAGAAGCUGUAGUUGAAUUGGCAAAUAUUCGCAAACAGAUUAUUGUCAGUCCAACAGUAGGUAGUGCACGUUUUCUGGAACAGCAACAAUAUCAUUACUUCUUUCGUACAGUACCAUCAAUGACUUUGGCUAAUUUUAUACUACUUCGAUUAUUUCUAGUAUGGGGUUGGCAUCGAAUAGUUGUAUUUCGUAAAUCGGAUCAUUUUUUUGAACCUUUAUUAUUUCAAGCAAAGGGAAUCGAAAUUAUUGCCAAUAUUGAAAUGGAUGAACAACAGUUAACUUAUAAACUGGCAAAAGAUACUUUAGAAGAAUUAAAACAACAGAACAGUCGCAUAUUUGUUGUCGAGUACGAUGCACGUGGUACCUAUUUGAUACUCUGUGCAGCAUAUCAUGAAGGGAUGUAUUUUUCCGCUGGAUACGUUUGGUUUUUGAAUCCAUGGCUUUCUGAUCAAUGGUGGUCGGAAUUGGUUGGCCGAAAUACUGAGUGUAAUUUUAGUGAAAUGCUCAAUAUUACUUCGUGGACUUUUACUGUUGGACACCAGUUGUUAAUUGGUCCUAUGGUGCACAGUUUUAUUCCUCGUACUAGUGAGUUUAUGGAUUCAGACUCUAAGUCUGGAAAUAAUUCAAAUGGUACUCCGAAUCGAACUUCAUCUGAACAAAUACGACGCAGACGCCAUGUUUUUGUUCAGUCACAAAGGUUAGAAGUACCACCUGUCUUAUCAAGAACUAAACAUAAUCCCAAUCCAAAUGAUUUUGGGAAAUCUACAUUCAGUGAUCACUCAAAACGUAAAUUAAUCAAAGAUCCUCUUCAUGAUUACACUGUGUAUACUUAUGAUGCUGUUAUCCUACUAGCAAGUGCUGUUGUUCAUCUUUUACGAGAAAAUCCUGCUGCAGCAUCUGCUCUUAAUCAUCCUGAUGUAUCUGAAACUCUUCGAACACUUGUUGCACGAACAAAUUUUGGUUAUCGAUUUCAGACAGAUAAUUCAACAACUGGACAAUCUAGUGAAAUAAAUGAACUUGUUCCAGGUAUCAAUGAUGAUAAUUUUGGUGUAGAUGCUGGAUUUCAACUUGCUGGUGACUAUUAUGGUAUACGCAGUCAAAGUCCUGCUUCAGCAUCAAAUUUGCGAUUUAAUGAUCAUAAUGAACGUAUUGCUGAUUAUUGGCUGUUGAAACAAAGACAUUUAAAUACUACUGUACCGAUUAUAAUGUGGUCAACAAAAAACUAUGAAGAAGUACAUGAGCAAGAUCAACAACAACAAUCAUAUGAUCCAUUCAGUCAUAUGAUUUCAUCAAAUAAUAUGUCAAACAAGUAUGAUUGGAAAACAACCAGUGCUCCAUUUCUAUACGAUGAAUUUCAGAAACGGAUGACUGAACGUUGGUUAGACCACGUUAAUUGGCAUACAUUAGGUGGUCCACCAAAUGAUGGUUCUAUCAAUGAAAAAAAUUGUACAUUAUCAUUUCUUAGUAAUCAAUUACAUAUGGGUUGUACAGGUGCUACUGUAUUUGUCACUGUUACUGUUACCGUUUUAGUUUUAUUGCCACUGAUUAUAUUUGCUCAUUUUUAUUAUCGACGUAAAUUAAAAGAAAUUGAAAAUCGAACUCGUAAACCUUUUGAAGAACUAUGCACAGAAUUGGCUGAUUUAGAUAUGCCUGCUGAAAAUAUUGUUUUAAAUCGUCGAGUUGGUCAAGGUACUUUCGGUUUAGUAUUCGGUGGUGAAGCUAAAAAAAUAGAUUUAUGGGAAGCAGUUGCUGUGAAAGUAAUUAAUGAGAAAGCAACUUAUGAAGGGAAAAUUGAUUUUCUUUCUGAAGCAAAAUUAAUGCGUUCUUUAAAUCAUCCAAACGUUGUUCGUUUAAUUGGUAUCUCCUUGAAUCCAAAAGCAAGUCUAUACCUGAUUAUGGAACUCAUGCUUCUAGGAGAUUUAAAAACAUAUUUAUUAUCCCGUCGAAUUUUAGCUCAAAGAUCACCAAACCAUGAAGACAUACGACCAUCAACUCUUACUCAAAUGAGUAUGGAUAUUGGCCAAGGUUUAGCCUACCUACAUAGUAAGCAUUUAAUUCAUCGAGAUAUAGCAUGUCGAAAUUGUCUUGUUGCUGCGGAUCGUACUGUGAAAAUCGGAGAUUUCGGUCUGACCAGACAAGCUGCUAAAAAUACUUCAGAGGUUUAUUAUCGUUUCACAAGAAAUUGUGAACUACCUAUUCGUUGGAUGUCACCUGAAGCUGUACAAUUUGGUGUUUUUAGUAUACAAUCGGAUAUUUGGUCAUUUGGCAUAACAUUAUAUGAAAUUAUUACUUUUGGUGUAUUUCCUUAUAAUGGUCUUGGAGAUGUAGAAGUUGUGGAACGUGUCAAACGUAUGGAAUUCAGUAUUACUGAAUUUUUACCACCUCAAGCAUUAAAUACCGUAGUAUGUGAAUUAAUUAAUCAUUGUUGUAAACAUCAAUGGCAACACAGACCAUCAUCAAUGAAUCAAGUGUUAGAAGUAUUAAUAGCGUAUCCAGAUUGUAUUCGACCAUUCCUUACUGAUGAUCCACCGAAACCAAAUACAACAAUCGAUUCAUUACCUUUUCAACCAACUGUAGACACUUGUAUAAUAUCAGAAUCCGCAAUGACUGGUCUUGCUGCAAUCGAUAGUGUUGGUGGUUUUCGUACAAUACGUAGUGCUUCAACUGUAGCCGUCCCAAUAUCAUCAUGUUCACCUUCACCAGUGCCACUAAAUCUUCCUGAUGGUAAUAGUGAUAAAUAUUAUGGAUCUGAAAAACGUCUUAGUGAACAAACAAAUCUACGUGAAAAUACACUGUCCAACCAUCAUACAAUUUUUGAUUGGUCUGAUAACUAUAAUUCUCAUCCGUAUACAGAUAGUUCAGUUCAUUCAAAGUUGACUGAAUUUUAUCAACUUCCAAUGUUUUCUGACAGACAAACCUUAUUUCCUUCAGUAGUAACCGAUGAAAGCAAAGAACUAAAUAUUAUGUCUAAAUCUGGCGAAUCAUCUAGUCUACCUCCCGUGUUUGAUAAUUAUACUACAUCAUUUGUUACAUCUAUUCCUAAUGUUAUUAAUACAUCUAAUGUCUUAUUCAAUCUUUCGACAAGUCCUAUUUCCACCACUCCGAGUUAUCAGUCAAUCGAUGAAACUAGUCAAUUAAUCAUGAAAUCUCCCGAACUAAUAACUGAUCAGUAUACAUAUUCAACUGGAAAUACUUUGCAUAUUAGAAAACAGAAACGUUCAAAUACCACACUUAUAAACAAUGCAACAUCGAACAUUCUAGAUGGAUUUGAUAAUUUAUUAUCUGAUAAUCAACUUAAGUUAUCUUUAGAUGCGGAUUCGAUUAUGCAUAUCGAGGAAUCCGAUAGACCACAUAUGUGGAUAUCUGCGGAUAAAAAUUCAGACAAGCAGUUUUUUAUUGUUCCCAGGAACGAAUUUCAUAUGUUUAAUGUUUCUAGUGUACCUCGAAAUCGCAUUCAAACACGGAAUAUUAAUCGUUUGCGACCCACUCGUUCUUUGAUCAAUCUAACCUCUGUACGUUAUCCCAAACACUACUUACAAAAUAAUAUUGAAUCUAAUCACUGUGCUUCAGUCGAUCAUUUCAGUUCGAUUACAAAACAAAGUGAUAUUCAUGGUCCAGAUUUAAUCUUACCUCCUAGUCUUUUUACCUUCAUUUCUGAUUCAUUUAUUUCCGGUAGGAAGACCGUUUAGGUCCCAUUUCUUGUUUACUGUGAUACUGUUAAUGAUGUAGUCUAUUAAUCCGGUAGUUAUAUUUACAUCACUCAUGUAUUUGCAUUUGAACAAACUAACUAUGGAAUUUAGUUUUUUUUUUGCGUUAUUCAAUCCAUCGGAAUUUCCUUUGUGAGUCAACGUCUAUCCAUCCUGUUUUAGUGUAGUAGAACUAUAAUCAAGUUUCUCUACUCCCACCCAUUAUUUAACAUUAACUGUUAUCUUUCUAGUUAAUUUGUACAGUAAAUACACAACUGUUGAUCAUCAACUGCAAUUUAUUUUCAUCGGAUCUCGUUAUUUCUCUUCGAUCUUGUUUUCUUUCAAUACUGUUAUUGUUACUUGAUCAUUGUUAUUAUUAUUGAACUUUACAGUUAAAUCCAUAGUAAUAUAUUGUAAAUGUUUCUCUCUUUAUUUGCUAACCUAGUCAUAUCGACUAAUUUUGUUCUAUGGUUUUACUGUGUUUAAUUCUUCAAAUUUUUACGAAGUACAAAUUCAGUUCUAAACGUAAAUAAAUAAAAAAGUAAUCGCAGUUAACUUUUUUUUCUUUGUAUAGAUUGUUUAUUUUGACUGUUAGUAUAAUUACAUAAAUACAUACCUUGUCUCAAAGUAAAUUUAUAUUAUUAUUGUUGUAUUAUGAAAAUAAUUUUACAAUGUGUACAUUAUUCUAUUAUGUAUAGAUUUUUUUGUUUUGUAAGAUAAAUGGUCAGUUAAUUUCAAAGUUUAAAGUCUUCUUUCUUCAUUUCUUGUUGAAGUUAAUUGUUUAUUCUCUGAUACGUUACUUUGCUUUUUUUUUUACUGUCAUCAUCAGUUAACUUGUUUAAUAGGAAAUUAAGGUAUAGUGUACAUUGUGUGUGUUUGCACAAUGAUUUUUUUUAUCUCAUGUAUUGUUUUUUUUGAAUAACCCUAAUAAAUUUUAAACUACCUUAUCGACUUUACAUUAUUUACUUUGAGACUGAUAUAAUUAAAUAAUCGAUCCGGUACAAGAUUUUGUUUGUAUAGUUUUAAACACUAAAGAAUAAAUAGAGUUAAUUCACAC